AUGGCCGCCCUCUAUCCUCUAACAUCCGCCGAGCUGGUGGUGCUUCCCCGAACGCCGGAAAUCUUGUCUGUCCGGAACGCAACGAAGACGAAGUUGAUCAAGGUCAACAGCUGGAAGAUCGUCGACAGGGUGGUUGUCCAGGCCGUUGUAUGCCGCACCACCGUCACACCCACCGAGGCUGGCGCCACGCAAAGUAGGUCGGUCCUGGUCACCGAGACGGCGGAGCAGGAGAUGCUGUGGCCCGACUUCAGCCUGAUGCCGGGUGCAAGGGAGAAGAUGGGCGUCGAGUUCCGUGAGGCUGACGAGGUACAUGAGAGCCUGGUGACAUUGGAGCGUGAUGGGGACGAAGACGAGCGACCACUGUCUCUAUGGCAGUGUCUAUUGUGCUGUUGGUGGCCUUCAGGUCGUGCUGCCGGUAGAGAUUGA